AAUAUCGACCCAUCUUUGCUCAACACUGAGGAAUAUAUUGCCUGUUGGAUCGUCAUCGUCAUCGGUCUUCCUUUGAUCAUACUGGCCAUCUACUAUCUGUAUUCUCUGGUACGUCAUAAUCACAUUGCUCCAAUCUACGUCAUCAACCUCCUCAUCUCUGACCUCAUUCAGCUCUGUUGCAUGGCCACAUUGUUGGGAAAACCCAAGGGUGUUCUGUUCCUCAUCAACGCAUUAAUUCACAGCAUUGGUGUAAUGGCCAGUGUCGGCUUCAUGGUCUGUAUUUCCCUGGAAAGGUAUUUGCUCAUCGCCUGGCCUCUGUGGUACCGCUCCAGACGGACCAUGAAGGUCUCAGUGGUGGUCUGUGUUGUGGUCUGGGUCUUAGCUUUGGUCGUUACUUGUUCUGUCCUAUUCAUUGCCAGUGAAGACACGCCCAUUGCAGUAAUCCUCCUCCUCCCCUUCCCCGUGCUCAUCUUCUCUGUGGUUGGGAUCUUUAAAGGCCUGUCUGCUGCCAUCUCGGUCUCCUCUGAGGAAAAACGACGAAUUGUUGGAGCAACAAUUCUGGUGUUGCUUAAUUACACACUGCUGUUCCUGCCUUUCAUAAUUGUUACCAUAACACAAGAUCAUACUAUGACUAUCCCUUAUGCAUUAAUCUACUUCAAUCCUCUUGGAGACUUGGUUCUGUAUGUUUUCAUGAGAAAAGGGGCCAUAGACAAGAUUUUAGCCUCUGUGUGUUGUUGCAGGAUGGAAACACAGCAGCAGCAGACCAUUGCUGUAAAUGAUGAUAGCACGAAGACAGUCAGCUCUGUGUAGGGAGAGAAAGUUAUCAGAGUAAAGGAAGGAAGAAAUUCAGACAGUCAAUUAAAAAAAAGUUUCUGUAGAAGCUCUGCCUCUAAAAAGUUAAGCUCAUAUACUCAUUUGCAAUAGCAAAUGUUGUUUUUUAUGGUUAUAUGUAGGCAUGUUGUUUAAAUGAUGAUUCCAGUUUAUUUCAUCAUUGCAUUUUUCCCAUAAAUGUAGUUUUAUGAGUCACGCUCGCUUUGCAGCCUUAUUAUAAAGAUUCAGGGAAACAAGAACUCAAUCAAAGCUUUCCGAAUAGACAAGAUUUUUAACACUGUUCAUUUCAAUUGCUUGUUUUGAAGUCUUAAUGAAAGUAAACAUAGAAACUAGUUGCCUGUUGCAGCCAUUACGGCUCAUUUCUUGGGGAUCUACAUCCAGGACAGAUUGCAGUUUCCUUACAUGUGUGAGACUGUGGCUGCCUUUACAUUUAUUCAGGCUCAUGCUACAAAGGUAGACAAGAGAUGUUGUAUAAAGAUGUUUUUUAUUCUUAAUUGUGAUAUUUCUAUUGAUGUUUUCAUUUAGGUUUUUACUUAGUCAUUUACUUUUUAUGUGUUUAAUUCAUGUAUAUUGAUUUUAUAUUCAUAUCUGUAAUAGUUGCUUUAAUUGACACCUUGUCUUUUUUCCCCAUGAUUUUCAUUACUUUAUUGUAUGUUAUGUGUGUACAGCACUUU